UUUUUUUUUUUUCUACUUGAAUUAAAACAGUGAAAUAAUGGCAGAAGUUCCGAAAUCCUGUCCUGUCAAACACGAUGACAGCGAAAGACCAAUCGAGACAGAACAACCGAAAUGUCCUGUAGAUCACAAUGCCUAUAAGCAUUUCUUACCGCCGAAUACACCUGCCAAAAACAGUAGUGAUAAAGACGGGCCACAGAAGUGUCCAGUGGACCCCUCAACGUAUAAGUAUUUCAUACCACCGUCUCAAGACGGCUGUGAUUCAGAAGCCAUCGAUAGUAGAACGAGAAAUGUCUACGAUUCCUCGGUCAAAUUCCGAUGAUAAACUAUGGGUAUACCCCUCUGAACAGAUGUUUUUUAAUGCUAUGAAACGAAAAAAUUGGGACCCAGACGAGAAAGAUAUGGCUGUAGUUGUACCAAUACAUAAUGCAGUGAAUGAAAUGGCUUGGCAAAAGAUAUUGGAGUGGGAAAGAUUGCAUACAACAGAGUGCAACCAGCCCAGGUUGGAGAAGUUUGAAGGAAAGCCUAAAGAUAUAACCCCCAAAGCAAGACUCCGAUCAUUUUUCGGUUAUGCAUUACCUUUUGAUCGCCAUGAUUGGGUGGUUGAUAGAUGUGGACAAAAAGUGACAUAUGUUAUAGAUUUUUAUACGGGAAAGCAGGACCCAAACAAACCGAUGUCACUCAGUUUCUAUUUAGACGUGCGACCAGCAUUGACACCAACAGGCUUGUGGGAUAGACUACGCAUGUCAUUCAGAAAGGGACAAUUUAUGUAGCCUACACCAUAACAAAAAUUCUCUCCAUUAACUGCAUUAUAACAUAUAACACGCUGUAAAAAAUCCUGGUUGAUAAAGCAAUUGAUUUUUUAAAAAUUGGUUGUUGGGAAAAGUAAUUACCAUCGUUUCCCGUAGAAAGCAUAGUAGUGACCACCGGGAGGGAGAAGGCCUUUAUAGUUGUAAUCUACACUAAGAAAUAUCAAGAAGGCAAUAGGUAUGCCAUAUCAUGUCUUUAGCUUUAAGGAGAAUUCAAUAAGAAAAGUUGGCUCUGCAAAGCAAUCGCAAACAAAUAC